AUUCCAUGGGUGGGUGCGGAGGAAAGCCAUAAAAAAGAAAUAAAAAGCCUUACAUUAUACCAAAAACAUUAGAAUAGCAAUGUAUUAUUAAUCCUAAGUUAGUUAAUGCUAUUGAAAUUGAUUUACUAUAUCUAAUAUAUUAAGACUUGGCAUCACGAAAUGUCGAAAACUUAGUCAACAAGACAGCCUUUACAGAUUUCUUCACAAUGAUUGGGUUGUGGGGUGAACUUGUUUUUGAAUAUUUUAACUAAGAAAACCAUAGUCUAUUGAAUUUUGAGCAAUUUUUAAAAGGAGUUGUUCAUUACAUAAAAUGUGAUGAGGAUCAAAAAAUUCAACAUCUUUUUAAACUAUAUGAUCUAGAUAAACAAGGAUUGAUUAGAAAAGGUGAGUUUCUGCAAAUGGUAACACAUUAAAAUUUAACAAUUAGAUAUAAAACUACCCUAGAGAGGAUUUGAUCAAAUUGCUUGAUGACCCUAUGUUUUUGGAUGAUCUAAAAAUUCUAAAGUAUUAUGAGACAAAGGAGAUGAUCAACUAAAAAAAAUUAUAACCAAAGCGAGCUGAUGAACAAGAGUUUACAGAAUCAGGUAAUAAAAUUAUCUUUAGAAUAGUGCAGGCAAUUCAAAGAAGAAGUUCUUUAAGUGGAGAAAUAUAAUCAAUCUAAGGGGCUAAAUCAGGUGAAUCUAUACAUGGAUCUUAAACUAAUUUGCCUGCUUUCAAUGAAUAAAGUGUUGUUAUGAUGUUUCCGAAUGAGAGUAUGAUUGGACCAACUGGUGUUCCGAUGGGAUAGUUUGGUUAAAAUAUCACUUUCAAUAUUAAUGGAAAAUUGGUUGAAUUAAAAAGGGUCAAUAUUAAUUACCUAGUUCAUAAGUAUGUGAAUAUGAUUUACAAGCAUAAAGCCAAAAAUGAUUAGGGGUAUUAAUGUUUCUUAAUUUAGUUUAUCACUUGAGGAUUUCAAAUCUUUUGUAAAACUGCAUCCAAAAAUAUUUGAAGGUCUUUACAAAGCCUUUAAUUUUGAUGUUUGGGGCUGUGAUGCUAAUUCUUCAGUUCCUCGUUUGAUGAUGGCACCAAAGGAUCUUGAAGGAGAAGUCAAAAAAAUCAGCAAGAAAAAUCCUAAGAUUACUAACACCAGAUACUUUAAGUUAAUGCAGAGAUUCUGUCUAUCUUUUAAGAAAAAAGAAUCCACUUUACCUUCAAGUAUGCAAUGCUGAUUAAUCUUUAGAGAUAUUUUGCCUUGAUGGAUUGACAAUACAGGAGAAAGUUAACAACUAGGAGUAAUAAUAUGGAUUUGAAGUGUCUCAUAAAGAUAAAUUGUAUUCAACUAGAACAUAUAUGUGUCAAGAUUUCGAAGAUUAUAAAAGAUGGACAAACAGUUUAUAAAUGUUUCAAAAGUAUUUAAUUUUUCUAUCUUUUAGAGCUUCUGUUAAUGAUUAUUAUUCUAUUCUUUAGAAGAUUGGAGAAGGCAAAUUUUCGAUAGUUUAUCUUUGUGAAUGCAAAAAGGAUAGACAAACAUUAGCUAUCAAAAUUAUUGAAAAGUUUAAAUUAUCAAAAUCUGAAAAAUUAAUGCUUGCGUAAUUUUAGUAUUUAGUUGUAGUCAUGAGGUAGAAAUCAUGAAAUUGCUUAAUCACUCUUGCAUUGUCCGUUUCCAUGAAAUUAUUGAAACAAAAACUCAUUUAAACAUCAUAACUGAAGUCGUAAGAGAUGGAGAUUUAUUUGAUUACAUAAUUAAAAAUGAAAACAUUAAUGAGCAAGAGGCAUCCUUAAUAAUGAGUUAGCUUUUUGAUACUCUAAAUUAUGUUCACAGUGUUGGCAUUGUACAUAGAGAUUUAAAACCAGAAAAUAUUAUGAUUGUAUUGGAUACUACAAAAAAAAAUGUUAAAUAAGUAAAAAUUAUUGAUUUUGGUUUUGCCAACUUUUUGACAAAUAUCUAAACUAAAGAAGGAGAAGCUCUUUGCGGAACGACUAAUUAUUUAGCACCUGAAAGUUUAGAAUAAAAGAAAAUAGAUUUUAAAGUUGACAAUUUUGCCUUAGGAGUUAUCCUAUACUUUUUACUUUCAGGUAAUUCAAAAAUUUCAAUUAAAUUAGGGUACUUACCCUUUGAUUCUGAAUUUCCAGAGGAUAUUAUAAAAAAUAUCAUUGAAUGCAAAUAUGAUCUCCAAGAAGAGUUUUGGCAAUAGAUUUCAGAGGAUGCAAAAGAUUUAAUAAAGAAAUUAUUAAUAAAAGAACCUGAAGAAAGAAUUACUUUACAAUCAGCUUUAGAGCAUCCAUGGAUUAAAGUAUAAAUUUAAAAUUAUGAAGAACCGAAAUUCACUGCCUACAAAGAAAGCCUAGAGAGUCAAUAAAAGAUUAGGUUUAUUUUGA